AUGGGAAAAGCAAAGACUUUCGCUCAGCAAAUUGCUGAGCUAGAUUCUCCAACAGCGAAAGAUUUCGAUCCCGAGGAAGAGGUCGAAGUCCAAAGCACCGAUGACAGUGGAUCUGAGGAGAGUGAGGAUGAUUUAGCAGGCACUGAGCACUAUGUCAAAGUCGGAAAGAGUAAACUACGCAAGCCAGAAGAAGUGCCUCUUGGACCAGAAUACUCUGGAUCUAGAAUCAGCCGGGAGGAUUUACUCAAUGACGACGAUGACGACGAAGAUGCGGCCUCCGAUUCCGAUUCGGACGAAGAGAGGAACAAGGAGGUUCGUUUCGCAGAUCCGGAAGACUCUGACUUGGAAUUGGAUGUGGAUGAGGAGGGAGAUAUCGAUAGCGACGCUGCGUUUGGAGAAAGCGACGAGGAAAAGUUCAAGGACUUUACGUUCCGAGGGAGCGGGAAGCCGAGGGAAGCGUCUGGGCGUAAAAAGAGACCGACAGCAUCUGACUUCAUGUCUGAGAGCGAAGGAGACGAUGAUGGAGCUAGGCUAAAUAGAGACAACUCGGACGAGCCAGAGACCGAUGAAGAUGUGUUGGACAUUUCUAAGCAGCACCAAGAAGAAUCAGAUGAGGAUGGAAGCUCAGAUAGCCAGCAAGACUCUGAAGAUAAUGCCGAUGAUGACGAAGAAUCGGAGUCCGACGAGGAUACGGAAGGCGAAGAUGGCGAAGAUGAUGACGAGGAUGAGCAACGCGCUGAACUUCGCAAGAUCAUGGGCGAGGAACAACAGAGUGUGGUAGCGUCAAUUACUGAAGCAGCCAAAGCAGACGCAGCCAAGGGUAAUGCAGUCAAGGAGCAACGGAAAGCUUUUGACUCUCUUCUCAGUGUCAGAAUGGUUCUCCAAAAGGCGCUAAUUGCGACGAAUUCCAUGUCAGCGGUCGAGGAGAAGGAGACGGAAGACUCUGCAAAUGAGCCAUACGAAGGGGCAGAGGAAGCUGCCAUAAAAUUAUGGAACACACUUGACGGUCUUCGAAAUCAACUGUCCAAGGCAGGAGGUGCGAAAACAGGACAAAAACGAAAGCGUGGUAUCGAACGAUCAACGUCAUCGUCUGAUAUUUGGGAAAGGAUGCAGAGCUCAGAAGUCACCAUGAUCGAUACAAGACAGACUACGCUCGAGAAGUGGUCCUCCAAAGUCAGAGGCACGACCUCCCUACCCAUCUCGAGAAAGCUCAACCCAUCGGCACCGCAACAAUCUAUCACUUCAGUCCUGCAAGACCAACUCGCCAGCUCAGAGCAUCUCGUCCAAAAGACCAGAAUACCACGAGCAUGUGCCCCAGUACAGCGAGAUGCGAAGCUCACCGAAGACCCGAACAUCUACGAUGAUGGCAAUUUUUAUCAAAUGUUAUUGAAAGAGCUUGUUGAUCAGAGACGUGUGGAGUCAUUAACAGCCCCUGCAGCUGGAAAGGCGUUGCAGUGGACAGCUGUGAAGGAAGUCAAGACGAGGAAGAAUGUCGAUACAAAGGCUAGUAAGGGAAGAAAAAUGCGCUUCACUGUGCAUGAGAAACUGCAGAACUUUAUGGCACCAGAGGAUCGGACUUCGUGGAGACCAGAGGCUAUUGAUUUGUUCUUUGGGAAUCUGUUGGGUCAGAAGAUGAAUUUGGGCGAGGAUGAUGAGGAGGAUACUGAUAUGGAGGACGAGGUUGAUCCCAUGGAGGCGUUGGUUUUUGGGCAUUAGGCAACGUUGUAUAGUAAAAAUGAUGUAUAUACAUCCUGAGCUGCAUAAAUCAAUGUGCUGUCUGAGCUCUGUCGCUUACUUCGGUAACCAUUAUUGGUCCGUAAACAUCGCUUCAGGAAAGUAAAUAUCAACAUCAUUGAUCCAAAAGUCAAAAGUUACUUUAACAGUAAAUCCCUUUUAAUCCUCUGCGCUAGAUCAUCUCUCCCAUUCCCCCACUUCCCAAUAAAUUCUGCUCGCCCCUCAGUACUUCCCCAACACCGCAAUCUGCGGCGUCUUAAAAACACUCCAAUUAUCUGCCCGCUCCGGGCUACCAAAUGGUUUCAACGUCGCAAACCUCAUCGUAUAGUUCCCCACCUCGAUCUGACUUCCAUUUCCCAACUUCCCAAACCACCAAUACUCAUGGAAUGAUGCCGUAGUCUGUGCAUUUCGAUACACAUCCGUAACCGGAUACGUCCAAGUCUCGUUGGGGUCGUAGUAUCUACCGUCGAAGUAACUGAGUUGGCCAGCACCCACCCAACAGGUCGCUGGGCCGAUAUAUCCGUUCUUUCCAACGACAGGUGGGUAGACCCAGUCGCGCUCGGUCCAGGUUUUGUCGAAAAUGUCCCAGCGGACUUGUUUGGUGCCCCAUUUUAUUUUGCUGUAGAUUUUGGGGAAGUCUUGGGCGCCGAUGCUGAGGUUGAAAGUAUAUCUGAAUUCAGUUAGUGGUGUUGCUGAUUGACGAUGACGAUUGGAAUUUGGCGCGCUUACGAAGCUUUCUGCUUGAUAUCUAUGAAUGCCACGUUCGAUUUGGAAUAUGGGUAUGUCGUACGAUAGAUGGGAGUCAUCUCCUUUUUGAGGUCUGCCGCUAAUCCUACUGCUUGUUAGCUUGCCAUCGCUCUAUUUUCUGCUAAAUAUAUA